UGCUUUAAUGUCCGCACAGAGAACGUCAAGAUGCAGAUGGGCAAAUGAAAGAACUUCAGGAUCAGCUUGAAGCGGAGCAGUAUUUCUCAACCCUCUAUAAAACACAGGUGAGGGAACUUAAAGAAGAAUGUGAAGAAAAGACCAAACUUUGUAAAGAGUUACAACAGAAGAAACAGGACUUACAGGAAGAAAGGGACUCCUUGGCUGCUCAACUGGAGAUCACCUUGACCAAAGCAGAUUCAGAGCAGCUGGCUCGUUCAAUUGCUGAAGAGCAAUAUUCUGAUUUGGAAAAAGAGAAAAUCAUGAAGGAGCUUGAGAUCAAAGAGAUGAUGGCUAGACACAAACAGGAGCUCACUGAAAAAGAUGCUACAAUUGCAUCUCUUGAAGAAACGAAUAGGACACUAACUAGUGAUGUUGCCAAUCUUGCAAAUGAGAAAGAAGAAUUAAAUAACAAAUUGAAAGAUGCCCAAGAACAGCUGUCACGGCUGAAAGAUGAGGAGAUCAGCGCAGCCGCUAUUAAAGCACAGUUUGAGAAGCAGCUGCUCACAGAGAGAACACUUAAAACUCAAGCUGUGAAUAAGUUGGCUGAGAUAAUGAAUCGAAAAGAACCUGUCAAGCGUGGUAGUGACACUGAUGUGCGGAGAAAAGAGAAAGAGAAUAGAAAGCUACAUAUGGAGCUUAAAUCUGAACGUGAAAAAUUGACCCAGCAGAUGAUCAAGUAUCAGAAAGAACUGAAUGAAAUGCAGGCUCAAAUAGCCGAAGAGAGCCAGAUUCGAAUUGAACUGCAGAUGACACUGGACAGUAAAGAUAGUGACAUUGAGCAGCUGCGGUCACAGCUCCAGGCGUUGCAUAUCGGUCUGGAUAGUUCCAGUAUAGGCAGUGGACCAGGGGAUGCUGAGGCAGAUGAUGGAUUUCCCGAAUCAAGACUAGAAGGAUGGCUUUCAUUGCCUGUACGAAACAACACUAAGAAGUUUGGAUGGGUUAAAAAGUAUGUGAUUGUAAGCAGUAAGAAGAUUCUUUUCUAUGACAGUGAACAAGAUAAAGAACAAUCUAAUCCUUACAUGGUUUUAGAUAUAGACAAAUUAUUUCAUGUCCGACCAGUUACACAGACAGAUGUAUACAGAGCAGAUGCUAAAGAAAUUCCAAGGAUAUUUCAGAUUCUGUAUGCCAAUGAAGGAGAAAGUAAGAAGGAACAAGAAUUUCCAGUGGAGCCAGUGGGAGAAAAAUCAAAUUAUAUUUGCCAUAAGGGACACGAAUUUAUUCCUACCCUCUAUCAUUUCCCAACCAACUGUGAGGCUUGUAUGAAGCCACUGUGGCAUAUGUUUAAACCUCCUCCUGCUUUAGAGUGCCGGCGCUGCCAUAUUAAAUGUCAUAAAGAUCACAUGGACAAAAAGGAGGAGAUUAUAGCACCUUGCAAAGUUUACUAUGAUAUUUCGACGGCAAAGAAUCUUUUGUUGUUAGCAAAUUCUACAGAAGAACAGCAGAAGUGGGUUAGUCGGUUGGUGAAAAAGAUCCCUAAAAAGCCUCCAGCUCCAGACCCUUUUGCACGGUCAUCUCCUAGAACCUCGAUGAAGAUACAACAAAACCAGUCUAUUAGACGGCCAAGUCGACAGCUUGCCCCAAACAAACCAAGCUAGCUGCCUUCUAUGAAUGCAGUCAUUAUUCAAGGUGAUCAUAUUCUUCCAGUUAAAACAAGACUGAAAUAUGAUGGCCCAAAAUUUCUUAAAAAGCUGUAUUUUCCUGAGAGACUGAUACUCAAACACACGCAUACAUAUAUAUAUAUAUAUAUUUCCCUUUAUUUCUGCAAUAUAAAUUAUAAAUCUUGGAGAUUUUCUGGGCUCCUUUGGAGCAGCAAGUUGAACCAACAAUGAUUGGUUGAUAGAGUAAGAAUAGCAUAUGCAGCUCUUCGAAACUUGUUCCAUAAAGCUCUCUUGGCAGUCACUCACACUACAUUGCACAAAAGGACUGAGAAGAGUUAAAGUUUAAAGAAAUCAUCUUUUCAGCAUCAACAGGGAGAUUUCACCAGCACAUUUACCAGAAGAGUCUGGGAAUGGAUUCCACUACAGUGAUAGAGACUGCAUCUUUAAGAAGUGACCAUUAGACUGUGUGUGUGCAUAUGUAUGUGUGUGUCUCUCUCUAUAUAUAUAUGCACACACACACACACUAUAUAUAUAUAUAGUACUGUAAUACUGCAAGAGGGUUCUUCAAAUGCCCCAUUUUAUUUUUUUAUACACAUUAAUCAGAUAUCAUAACUUACUGCAUUUGCAACUAUGCACUUGUAUAAAGCCAUAAUGUUGGAGUUUAUAUCACUCAUUUGUGUAUACCCCAUGGAAGCUGCAUGUUCAUGUUUAAGCGGUUACUGUAACAGGAAGUUUGACGUUAAUUAUAUCAAUUUCCUAAUGCUUCAUGAUAGGCAACUUUUCCCAUGUGAAUGCCUUAAUUUAAUUUUUUUUAAAGUCUCAUCCUUUUCUGUAUUUUGAAAAAAAGUGUUUACCAGCUCUUAGGAUGCAAAUUCGCUUUGCAAAAGAAAAAUAGUGCACUAUUUUUACAUGUAAUACUUAUCAAUGUCAGCCUAUUUUGAUUGUAUAACAGAAUUUUUUUUUUAAGUAUUGGUGAUAGAAACAAUGGAUACUAUUGGAACUAAUAUAUCUUUUAUGUAUAUCUAUUAUUCAUCCCACUCUUCUUACAGACCUCAGUAUUGGUGUGUGACUAUGAAAUGUUUGCUUUGCUUUGAAUUUGCUGGCUACCCUAGAUGUGUUUUUAUUUCUGGUAGAGACAUUUGUGACUAUUUUUACAUUUUCACACUCAAGAUUCUAAGAUUAUCUCAAAUAUAAAGAAAACUAAGACAUACUGUAGAUAUAUUUUAAAUAUUUAAAUGUGAUCCCUCAAACACAUAACUGUAUAUGGCAAUAUUUCAGGAUUGGGCUAAGAAAACUGGUAACUGGGAAGAAGUAGCCUCAGAGGCUCCUGAUUUUUAUUUUUAAAAUUAUGUUAAAGUUAUAGGUUAUGCAGGACCAUUUCUGCUAGUUUUCUCAUUAUCCCAGAAAAAUGUGUUUUAUACUGCUACAGUAUGCAUUAAUGAUAAGCAUCAAGUUUAAAAAAAUUAUAUAGUCUUUUAUCAGUCUCUUUAUAUACAUACACAUACACAGGGUUUGGUGUGAUAUUGAAAUACAUCAUCUAAUAUUUUGAUGAAGGAAGUAGACAUUUUUCAUUGAUUCCCUCUGGGGUCAGUGUAGAAAUGUUUAAAGACUUAGACCCCCAAAAUACAGAUACUGUUGUGGAAACUGAAGAGUGGCCUUUGGCCUACUGAUGUACUAAAACUGAAUCUUGUUAUUCUUUCAUUAUCCCGUCUGCACUCUUCCAUGCUAUCUGUGCUAAGACCAGAGAUGCAUGCCAUUUCCCUCACAGGGAUAUUCUGCAGUUCUGGUUUGAGGGCACAGCCUUUUUUUUUUUUUUUUUUUUAAGUAAGAUUUUAAAAUGAAAAAUAUAUAAAAUUUAUAUAGAAUAAAUAUUUCCAUUCAUUAGACUUGUUAAAAGGAGACUGAAUUAAUAUUUUAUAUGAAGAUUUUGUUACACUAUGGGAGGUUCUAUCAUAUUAUUCUGAUUGGAGAGUAUAUAUAUAUAUAUUUUUAAUAAACUUUAUUAAGGUGAAAUAAUUUGAAGUUUACACAUGAGUAAUUGAAAUAUUUGAGUAAAAAUGGCAAAAGUUAAAUUUUGAAUGCUGUAUAUAUUAGAGAAUACGGAGAAUCAUGGUGUGAUGCAACUCUACAAGGAAAAUUAAUGUGAGGUUUUUUGGGCAAAAAAAGGUAUUCUAGGGGGUGAAAAAAAUCUCUCCCAUGGAGAUUCUUCACAUUAUAUGGUUUAACGUAAGGGUUUAUAAGGUGGUUUCUCCAGCUAAUGGAAAUGCGCUUAAUAAAAAUUCUGACCUUGGGUAAGAAUUUGGUUUUUACCCUGUUGCUGGUUUCAUGUACAUACAUGAAUACAUACACCCAUCCAAAAUGUUCUCUUCCCAACACUCAUUAAAUAUAAUAUUGACUUGGUUUAACAACCUGAUCUUGUGCCAGCUUCUCUUUUUCUUGAGGCUCCAAAGGUUCCCAGAUAAAAGACCAAAAGUUGCUUAUUUCUUCACACCUGAUUUCUCCUAGAGCCAUAAAUACCUCCUAUUGAGAACUAAGAAGUAGUGAAUACUGGGAUUUUCUUAGUUGGAUUUUUUACUUUUGUUUAGUGGGGAUAGCGAGACAGAAGUAGAAGGAGAACUAGUGCCGGUAUUACUGUUAAAAAUUAAUGUAUAGUGAAUUUUUGAAAAGUAUUAAAAUAUGCUAUCUAGAAGCAAGAUUUAAAAAAAAAAAUCUGAAAUUUUUAAAUGCCUUUAGCUAACUAAAGGAUACCAAGAAAUCUAAAAUAAGGUUAGUGUUUUUAAAACUAACGUAGGCUAGAGUCACAAAUCUGGCUCUGAAGGAUGUCUUUUGUAUCAGUUUAUCUGUAGAUCCUCAAAAAGAAGUACUAUGGGUUGCCAAACCACAGUUUAAGAAGUUUUGCUGCUGUUGUUAAUCUAUUCUUACAGGAUUCUCGUGGUAAAAUAGAGAAGCUUAGACACUAUAUUACCUUCCUGAAACAUGCUUUAAAUAACAUGUUUAAUAUUCUAUGAGAGCAAGUCACUUCUGAGUUUCUCGGUCUGCUACUGACUCACGUCUCCUCCCCUGGAAGAAGGCUGCAGUUUCCGUCUGGCGUGAAGAUAAGCAUAGUUGACUCAUAAAGCACUUUGAAAAGACGCACUGUAUGACAGUGCUGGGUAUUAUGCUUGGGGGACUGUCCUCGAUUCCCUUCCCCAUAAUAAUGAGUUUUGUUUGGAAUUGUAAUAAGUUAUGAACUGCAUGGUUUAGAUAAUCAUAAAUAUUUGAUCAGCUCUCCCCUUUGAACAGAAAUCAUAUCCCCUGAUUUUUUAAAAAUUUUUGUUGCAUCUUUGUAGUAAUGUAAUUGUAUUUUAUGCCUGCUUUUUAUAUUAAAAAUUAAAUAAAAGAAAUUAAGACAUAA